AUGUCAUAUACUCCACAUAAUCAACCAAUUAGAGCACCACCAGUGCAUAGCGAUUAUGAAUUAAUUGAUGGAGAUCCAUAUUUUUUUAAAGUUUUAAGAUAUUUUAGAUCAUCAGAUUAUUUGAAUUGGGGUAUAUUAACUGCAACACCUCCAAUUUUAAUGAAAUUAUGGGAACAUUAUGAACCACAUCAAGGUAAAGGAAGAAAACCAAUACCUAUGUCAGGUAUGACAUUAAGAGCAGCAACUUCAAUUGGGUUUUUUGGUGGUUUUUUUUUAGCUUAUAUUAAAACAGCAAGAAGAUUUUUAGGUUGGGAAGAAAAUUCAACAGAAGUUUCAAAAGAUAGAUUUGAAAUGAAAAAAUUAUUAAGUGAAGGUAUACCUCCUUAUUUUGAACAUUUAUCAAGUUUAGAUGAUAGAACAAAAGAUGUUUCAAAUAGAAAUUCUCAAUAUAGUGUUGCAAUGUUAUUUUUACUUCCUUGGUUUAAUUUAUCUUAUCAUCCAUAUCAUCAAGUUGAUUUAAAAAAAUAUUAUGAAGUAAGACCAGGUGAAGAAGAUUGGAAAUUUGAUUUGAAACCUUUGGAUGAAAUUUAUGGAAAAUACAAUUUAAGAAAACCAACUGUAAAUUAA